AUGGCGAUGCGUACGGCGGAGGCGUCCUCUGCGGCGUUGGUGAGGGUCGUGGCGAUGGUGGCGGCGGUCGCGAUGAUGGCGGCGGGAAGGGCGGGGGCCGUAUGGGUUAAGUUGCCGAAUUCCGGGACCAAGUGCGUGUCGGAGGAGAUUAACGCCCACGUCGUCGUCAUGGGAGAGUACUCCGCUUUCUACGAGGAGGACAUGAAGGAUACCCCCACCAUCUCCAGCAAGGUAGGUCGACGGGCUCUUUCUAGGUCGCUGUAACCCCGAUCGAUGCAUUGAGUGCCAUAAUCGUCCUGGAAAAUUCGUCCCCUCUCUUAGGUUUUCGGGGGGUUGCAUCUCACCGUCACCCGGAUGUCCUUCCGAUCCGGUUUUCAUGCGAUCUUUGCUCGAAAGAAACAGAAUGAAUCCUAAAAUUGGCUAUUAUGUUGUUCUCCGGGUCUACCUCGACGGGAUUCCCGGCUUUACCCUGGUUUUGGAAAAUCUUCCACCAAGUUCAAGUUCCCUCAAACAAUGGCGUUCCUACAAUCGUAUAUGCGAGAGUCUAGAUCGGGCUUAUGUUAUCCCUGGUAUCUAAGACUGGAAAGAUGUAGUUUCUUUCGGUUCCGAUAACCUAAUUCACAGGGAUCGGCAAGGAAAUUUUUCACAGAAUCCUUAUUAAAAUCGAAUAUUUCCGUUCUUACGGAUCAAGGUCAGGAGAAACCUGAUCGACACUCCCUUCUGUACUAUUGUAGUGACAACAUUGUAUGAGGAAACCUGAAGGCUCUGCAGAAAACUGCCUACAUUGCUUCGUAAUCCUGCCUAGAUGCUUAAAGAAAGAUUGCCUUGAAGGCCAAUAGGGUGUCAACGUGUUUCCAACUGUUGCCUUAGUGUCCUAGCCAUAGAUGAACAUGAGGAAUCUCCCAUGGGAAAACCCCUUUGUAGCUCCCCUGGGGUCAAGUUUAUUUUGAAAUAUGUGGAAUUUAGGAGUAAGGUUGUAGAAAACAUUUAAAUAGACAUCAGGUUGAUGUUUCUUUCUGGUGGCGAAUAUAUGGAGUCUGGGGUUUCUUCGUGAAGAUGUUGGAGAAUUUUUUUUUUAAGCACAGUAGAAUGGCUAGAUGAAUUUUAAUUUAUUUUUGAAAAAAAAUCUCAUUCCUGUUUAAUAGCACUGUAAAGUCCCAUCUCCUGUAUUGGGAUAUGAACUGUAUUGUGGGACAUGGGACCUUUUGGUCCCAUCUACUGGUCAUCUCAAAGCCACCAUUGUUAAUGUUAUUCUGUUAAUCACUUGAAUAAGAAUGCCUUUCCAACGGAACAUAGGAUAAAUUUUCCAUACACCUAGGUAGGGUUCCUUGAAAAUAAUGCAUUACACUCUUGAUUCACAAUAUGGCAUAAUGCAAUGAUCUGGAAAAAAAAUACAUGUAUUAUUUGAAAAAAAAAAAUAGCUGUUCUAUCUCUUCAGUUGGAGGUGGCAUAACUUCUCAUUUUUUCUUUUGCUGCUAAGACAUUAGUUCAUAUCUUGGGAUGCCAAUCAUAACCAGAGAUUGCAGAUGUUUCAUUAAAAAGCUCCGCUCUAAAGAACAUUGGUUAUGAUUUUUUUUCAUUUUUAUGAAAAGGAAGCGAUCCAAUCCAAGUGUGUGAUAACCUAAUCUUCCAUCACGUACCUCCUGGUGAACUUGCUUAGGGCCAGACUUCGCAGGCUCAGCCUCUUUACUCUGGUCUCUAGCUCGUCCUGUUUGGAGCACAGCUUAUCGGUAUCUUUAAUGUGGCGGUUCUUCAUAUCCUCUCGGUGGAGUUAAUCCUUUUUGUAUUGUAAACCGAUGUUUGAAUAGCACUUGCUAUGCGAUUAUCUAUGCUAACUAUUUGGUCAUCAGCUUAUGCAUAAAAUAUCAGCUAUUUUCUCUUUUUCCGCAUGAUUGGAUUGCGAGUUUCAGAAAUGUUUCAGAAAAAUGCUGUACUGAAUUAAAAUUUAACUCAAGAUUUUGAGUAAAAUAGUAAUAUAUUUUGAUAUAAGAAAGCCGUAUAUUUACCUUCUCAAUUGUAACUCUUCAUGACUAAGCUACAGUUCGAAUUAAACUUGACAUAUAAAAAUUGGUCAUCUUAUCAAGCUUUUUGUCUUUUUUUUAUUAUUAAUAAUCGCUGGGCUGGUCAUAUAUUUUCUACUUAUUUAACUAAUCUGUAUGGUCAUAAAUUUUUCCUGGUGAUUAUAUCACCACAAGCUAUGUUUUUUCGGUCCAUUUUUGUUCCAUAUAAGUUGUAAUUUUCCAAAAUAUUAAGUCAUCCAAAUUUUUCGGCUCUAGAUCCUACAAAAAAGUAAAGUAAAGUAAAGCAAAGCUCUUUACAAUACAGGCGUAUAUUUGAUCUGAUGAAUAAACCCAUAUAUACAUAUUAUUUGAUUCCCGGACCUUCUGCUGUCAAUGAUUCGUAGUAUAUUUUUUUCUUCAAUAUCCAAUCUAUGAGGGUUCCUAAGCCUGGCUCCAAUCACGCCCACAGAUUACAUCGCCCUAUGGCAACACUCUGCACCACAAGGAAAAUGUCAGCUCGGACACAUUCGCCUUCACUACCACCGAGUCUGGCAACUACCUGGGCUGCUUCUGGGUUGACAGUAACCCGCAUGGUUCUGAGGUGUCCUUGAAUAUCGAUUGGAAGACUGGGAUCGCCACCAAGGAUUGGGAAACCGUGGCGAAGAAGGAAAAGAUCGAGGUACUUUAUUCUUUUAUUAUUGUUAGUUUUACUGCAUCAAUCCAACAGAAAACAGUCUUAUUCUGCAGUUCCUGGUAGAUCAUGCCAUUGGAUGUCUGUUGUUUCUGUGUGCCUUCAGGGUGUUGAGCUCGAGCUGACGAAGCUCGAAGGUCUCGUUGAAGCCAUCCGCGAGAACUUGGAGUAUUUGAAGACCAGGUAAAAGGGCUCUCUCUCUCUCUCUCUCUCUCUCUCGCUCGCUCAUGGAGAGAUCAGCCAACUCAAUUCCAUGAACCCUGUUCUUGGCCAACUGAUCCUGGUCUAGACCGGGAUCUGGGUGUGGGUAGAUUUCUGUCUCGGUUGAUUCUCCCGGGAUUCGAGGGCUUAUAGAUCUGGGUUGGUUGAUGCAGGGAGGCAGAGAUGAGGGAGGUGAGCGAGAAGACAAAUGCCUGGGUCGCUUGGUUCAGCAUCAUGGCCCUCGCCGCCUGCAUCUGCACUUCUUUGUUGCAGCUGUGGUACCUCCAGACCUACUUCAGGAAGAAGAAGCUAAUUUAA